GCAAAUGUAAAAAGAUUUGUUUACCUUUUGUAUGAAAACAUUUUUUGAUUUUCAUACUUUGUGUUUAUUUUCGAACAAAAACAUUAUGUCUUCUGUGCGUUUGAGCCAAGUGGAACGUGACCAUUUGGCGCUGCUCCAACGCCCGGCCAACGAAGUUUUGGAGCUAUGUAAGUCGGCAUUCGACUAUCUCGUAAACGGACCUAACACGGACCGCUACGACCUGCUGGCCAAGAAGUACGCCGGCGAUGUGAAUAGCGAGGCAGUGCAGCGGGCGGUGGAAGCGUUAGUAUCGCUGCUAAUUCAAGUUACCACGAAGACUGGAACGAACGGCGAGCAAGUAAACAUACGCCAGAUAUUUCCUAAUCUCAGCGACGAUGUUCUUGAGGUGCUAGAACAGUUCGUGACCAGUAAGCGGAGUUUCGUGGAAGGCUCCAUUAAGUCGGCCAACAUCCGUGCCUAUCGGCUGGUCAACCUAGACUGGCGUCUGGAGGUGCGCACGGCAUCUCGCUGUCUACUGCAACAGUCGAAUGUGGUGAUAACAAUGAAGCUGUACCUGCACACAGAGCCGAAGAACGAAAAUCGAGAGCUGCUUGAAAUAGACACGUCCGAUCGUAGCGAGAAGGAGCUAAGUGUGAUGCACGAGGAUGAGCGGCGGCAUCGCAAGGAUCUGGUAGUGCAAACGGAUGUCAGCAGCUUAGUCUACUUAAUCAAAACGCUUGAGGAUGCCUUGGCCGAGUCCAAGACGCGUCGCAUUAAGAAUAUUGUCAAUGCCAUACACUAAGAGUAAAUAAGAUAUUAGCUGUUAAGUCAAGAUAUUAACUAUA